GAGAAACGAGAAGAGCUGGAUGCAUUGGAUCUGGCAGUGGAGCGACAGAAAGCUACACUACGGAGAUUAAAAGAGGAUGAUGCAGAAUUGAAAAAGGAUAAGGAAGAGGCUCUGCAAGAAUUACAAAGGAUGAGAAAAACAAAAGAGAAAGAAAAAGAUGAUUUCAAAACUUUUAGAGAAAAGGAAUUAAAAAGAAGGGAUUUUCUUCAUGGUGCACAAACAUACAAAGUUGAUGAUAAUGAAGAUGAUGAAGAAGCAUCGCAAAGGAAAGAAGAUGUUGUUGAUGAGAUAAACUGUUUAGAAAGGACACUGAGUAAGAGACGUGCUGAGCUGAGAGAGGCUGAUAGGUUGUUACAUGACUGUAAAGCUGAUCUCAAAGAAGCAAGGCAAAAGGCCAAGGAAACCAUUGAUCGAUAUGAUGAUGCAGUACAGAAAUUUACCAACACUCGACAAGAUGCAGAGGAGCUAGAAAGAAGAGCACAAGAAACAGCAGAACAUCUUGUCAUAGCUGAGGACGAACUUAACAGAUUGCAGACAGAUAUCACAGAAUUAACCCAAGUCAAAUUAACAAGAGAAGAUGAAAUUCGUAAAAUGAAUAGAAUUAUAUCUAGUCGUAAUGCUGAGUACAAAGAAAUUGACCAGAGAACAUCAUCUGG